AUGCAGUGGGAGAGCUCUCCGCACGUGAUCAAGGAUGAGGUUAAGGCUGUUUUGGAAUUCAUCAAUUAUGUUUACGAGAUAUUUGGCUUCAAAUAUGAGUUGGAGUUGUCUACGAGACCAGAGAAGUAUUUAGGUGAAAUUGAAACUUGGAGCAAAGCAGAGCAACAAUUGACAGAAGCCUUGAAUGAGUUUGGGAAGCCGUGGAAGAUUAAUGAAGGAGAUGGUGCUUUCUACGGUCCAAAAAUUGAUAUUGGUGUGUUUGAUGCCCUUAAGAGGAAAUUUCAAUGUGCAACCUUACAGCUGGAUUUUCAGCUGCCCAUUCGGUUCAAGCUGGCUUAUUCUGCUAAGGAUGAAGCAAAAAUUGAAAGGCCUGUGAUGAUACACAGGGCAAUCCUAGGUUCUGUUGAAAGGAUGUUUGCCAUUCUUUUGGAGCAUUACAGUGGUAAAUGGCCCUUAUGGCUAAGCCCUCGCCAGACCAUUGUUUGCUCGGUAUCUUCUGGUUCAGUGGAAUAUGCAAAACAGGUUCUUGCCACGCUACAUGAAGCUGGUUUCCAUGUUGAUAUUGACGUGAGUGACAGGACAAUACAAAAGAAGGUACGGGAAGCCCAAGUAGCCCAAUUCAACUACAUUCUUGUCGUAGGUGCACAAGAGGCCGAGACUGGAAAUGUCUGCGUUAGGGUAAGAGACAAUGCCGACCUGGCCACAAUGAGCGUUGAUGGCCUCAUCACACGUUUCAGGGAGGAAAUUGGAGCCUUCAGAUGA